GAUUUCGUUCUCUUUGCUGUUGGACGCCAUAGUGAACGCUUCGUUAGAAGGAAAGUUUGAGAGAAGUUGGGAUCAGUACUUCUGAAGAACGUUUGUUCUUGGUGAGAUAUAAGUUUUCUUUUAACGAACGAUGGCGGGAGCCGAAUCACCAAACGUAAAACCAGAACUGCCGAAUACAACUACAGAAAGUAGUAAUGAAAAUCCACGAGAGCGUAAUCCACCCGGUGGCGGCGGAGGUGGAGGCGGUAGCGGCGGCGGUGGAAAUCGUGGACCGCGUGGUAGAAAAGGCGGUACGCGAUUUUCUGGUGGACGUGGAGGAGGAAUGGGAGGUGGAAACAGAAAUAAUGAUGGGCCGAAGAAAAUAUUGCAGAUGAAAAUGAGUGAUUCCAUGGAUGGAGGUAUGGAUAAUACCAUGAACGAAGGAAUGGGAAGUGGAAUGGGAAUGGGUAUGGGAAUGGGAAUGGGAAUGGGACGUGGCGGUGGAAUGCGCGGCGGCAGAGGUGGACGCGGAGGUAGUGAUAGAAACCUAGGAAAUCGUUCGCAAGAUGAUCGUUUAAUGGAGCGCAUUAUGGGUAUUAGUGGGCCAACUCAUGAUUUGCCGCCUCAAGAAACUACAGAAAAGAAAUUUAGUGGGCGUAAUCGUUUGUAUAUUGGAAACUUAACAAAUGAUGUUACAGAAGAAGAGAUCCAACAGAUGUUUCAACAGUAUGGUGAAAUAUCUGAACUGUUUGUUAAUAAGGAGAAGAAUUUUGCAUUUCUCAGAAUGGAUUACAGGGUAAAUGCUGAGAAAGCAAAACACGAAUUAGAUGGUACAAUGCGUAAAGGACGUGCGCUUAAAGUACGUUUCGCCCCUCACUCGUCUACAAUUAAAGUAAAGAAUCUUACACCUUGGAUUUCAAAUGAACUACUUGAACGAGCGUUUAGUGUAUUUGGAGAAAUUGAACGCGCGAUAGUGAUAGUAGAUGAUAGGGGAAAGUCUACUGGAGAGGGAAUUGUAGAAUUCUGUAGAAAGCCAUCGGCUCAACUUGCAUUGAGGAAGUGCACUGAAGGAUGUUAUUUCUUGACUGCUUCCUUACGCCCAGUAGUAGUUGAACCAUUUGAACAACAAGAUGACGUCGAUGGAUAUCCGGACAAAAAUUUGCCUCGAAAAAAUCCGGAAUUUUUUAAAGCUCGUGAUAUUGGUCCGAGAUUUGCGCAAAUAGGAAGCUUUGAACAUGAAUAUGGAACAAGGUGGAAACAACUUCAUGAACUAUACAAACAAAAAGAAGAGGCACUGAAGAGGGAAAUGGCAAUGGAAGAAGAAAAAUUAGAAGCUCAAAUGGAAUUUGCACGUUAUGAACAUGAAACUGAAUUAUUAAGAGAACAACUACGUAUGCGUGAAGCGGAUCGUGAGAGACAAAAACGGGAAUGGGAAAUGAAGGAAAGACAAGCGGAAGAGCAAAGAACACGUGAAGAAGAAUUACGAAGAAGACAACAAGAAGAAAUGGCGAUGCGUAUAAGGAGACAAGAAGAGGAGUUACACAGGCGUCAACAGGAAAAUAAUUUAUUCAUGCAGGAGCAAGCAAUGAGGGGCGGCGGCGGGGGUGGACUGGGAGGAAAAAAUUACGAUUCCGUCAGUAAUAGCGAUCGUGAUGGAUACGGUCAACCUGACGGUGGAAGCAGCAUGCCAGUGGAUCCAAAGUCUUUCAUGGAUGCAUAUAACAGUAUGGAUCGGGGUAGCCGAGGGGGUUAUAAUGACGAUCGUGGUCAAAUAAUGGAUUUGAUGGAUAUGAGGGUUGACAUGGGUAAUAUGGGUGGCGGUCGUGGAGGUAGUGGAGGUAGUGGUCGUUGGCAAGGUGGAAGUGAUCGAAAUCGUCAGGAUGAUUAUCCUAAUAAGAGAAGACGCUACUAAAAUGUCGCAGUAUUAUAACAAUUUUUUUUUUUAUAUAUAUAACUGUCGAAAAGAACGUUUUCUGAUAGUUCGCAUUAUAUUCUUCAAUCAUUUUUCCAACAUUUACUAUCGAUCAUCUUUCGUGUUUUAUAUCAUAGGGAAAAGAAAAUAUUAGCAUGAAUGAAUGAAUGAAUAGGGAGAAAUGAAAAGGGCGUAAUAUUUUAGAACGAUUUUAUGUCGUUCAUAUUCGAUCUGAUUUGAUAACAUUAUGAAUCAUUUGCUUAUUUUAUACAGUUUUUAUAUUAUCAGAAUAUAAACAAACGUAAGUUUUGUAACCACGAUAAAAGUGAUAGAGACAUUAUUUUUCCAUUAUUAGUGAUACUAAUAAUAAGUUUGAUAUAUUGACGAAUUCUAUAGGUUGACAUGUUUUUCCUUUUCUUUUUUUUUUUAAACAUAAAGCCUCUUAAAAAUUGAUACCGUUAAUGUUGACAAUUCACAACACAUUUAUAUUCUUUAGCGACUUCUAAGUGUAAAAAACAAUAUUGAAAUCGUAUGCCUUUUUUAUUUCAUAGAGACGGUUCUUCUCUAAGAAAAAAGAGAACUAAAGUUUGAGUUUAAGGUGUCACUUAAUGAAUUUUGUGUUAAUGUUCGGUAAUGUAGAAACAAAGUAUAUUCAUUGUCAAUUAAUAUUUUAAAUAAAAAAAAAAAGAAAUGAGAAUUUUACUUUAUGGAAAAGAAUGUAAAUAUUUAAGAACAACAUAACGUUAGUUUUUGUCACUAUUGUAUCAUUAUAUUAUCAUUAUUAGUUGGUCAUUCAUUGACUCAGUAGUUAUUCAAGAAGUUAAAAGUAACGAUAUAAUAUUUUGAACGUACCUUUAGGUUUGUACUUUAUGAUUACAAGGGAAUAUUAAAUUAGUUUUUAAGGUUGCAAUGAUGACUGAAAUCGAGAUCAGUCAUUCCAUGAUAAUCUUUCUAUAAGAAGAGAAAUUGCAAUAGGCAGAUUAAGCCUAUGUCGAGAGUUUUAGAUAGAGAGAAUUCGUACAUACAUGAUUAUCGAUAUUCGUACAUACAUGAUUUUAAGUUAACGGCAGUGUAAUAUUCAUCAUGAGAACAGUAUGCAAUUUCUGCAUUACUUAAAAGCUUUAUAAAAGUAAUUGUGUUAGAAUAAGACGUAUAUCUGCAGAAUCAUCUGCAAUUGUGCUACUCAAACUUUGUGAAGGAACUUAACUGACAGAAAGGAAUUUUAUGAAUAAAGGUCUAUAUAUAUAUAUAUGUGUAUGUAUAUAUAUAUAUAUAUAUACAUAUAUCCAUAUAUAGUAACUAUUUAUUUAAUUAAUAAUCUUCAAACGCUCUAUAGCACUCACAAAUAUGUGUACUUGAAGGAUAAUGCGAAAACUUAUGGUUUUUAUUGUUGCCAGUACAUAAAUCAUACCCAAUGAGUUUAAAUAUCCAUUAUACUUUCGCAAAAAUACAAUUGAACUUUUUCAAGUUACUACAUAUGGGGAUUAAAUUAUUCUUCACAUGAAAAUAGCAUACUUCUACAAUAUUGUAGACCAAAUAAUAUAUUAGGAUGACUGCUUUUACUAAACAUGACACAGAGGUUGUAAUGUAUGUAUUCUUAUCACUUGUAAUAUACUAAACGCAAUUUCUUUUUUUUUUUUUUUUUUUAUAACUUUUAUAUGAAAAGAAUUACAGGCUACAUUAAAAAUAUUAGACAAAGUAGUACCUAUAAAACUUAUAAACAUUUAAAUGACAAGCAUAUAUUGUCCAUUUACACCAAUUGGGGAAAGUUGAAUAUAAAUUGGUCUAAUUUCAUCGUUAAUAAUAUAUGCAUGUGAAAUAAUUACAUGCUGAAGUGAGAUGUUGGGAAUAUAAAUACCUUAGUGGCGAUACAUGCUUUGGGUAUAAACGGAAUGAGACUAUUUUUGAUAGAAAAUAACAAAAUUUUGAUGUCUUUCUUCCAAUUUUUGAAAAUAAUAUAAUCUUGAAAAAGAAUAUUUGUUAUAUGAAAUGAAAGAUUAUGCGCGCAUAAUUCGUACUAAUCCAGUAACAUCUGUUUGAAAUUAAAACAUUAGUACAAUGUGGCAUAGGUAAAUACGAUGCUUUAUAUUAAAAUGUAUUUACUUUGAAAUUUAGAUUUUAUAUUAUAAAAAUUUUUCAUUUUCAAAUAUCUAUACACGUUUCUUUUUCAGGUAUUAUUUGACACAAAUAUUACAUGCCGAAUCUCUUUUUUUAUUUCUAUAGACAGAUUUAUACAAAGUUCUGUUACAUAUAUAUAAUAUUUCUCAUUCUCUUUUCUUAAUUUUAUAAAUUUAACAUAUAUUUUCUGUGGAAGAAAUAUGACUAUGAAUCUAAAGCAGGUAUAAAAAUAUCUUUAUAAAACUCUGAAUUUCUCGCAUUACUCUUCAACAUUUUUCUAUCUAUCUAUCUAAUUUUAAUCUACCAGUCCUUAUUUCUCUCUUUAUGAAAAUUUCAAUCCCAAUUAUUAAAGUCAAUUCACCCUAUAAUUACUGUGUGCCUGUAAUGUAGAUAUUUGUAAUAAUUAAUAAUUGCAUAAUGAAACUUAUGUCAAGUUAUAUUUAUCAUUAGGUGUUCUCAAGGAGAUACAGUUUACAAUUCACCGAAUGAAAGUCAGUCCUUACAAUAGGAUUUGAUCAAAUCUAUGUAUAUAUAUUCAUUCAGUGAAUAUUUUGCGUGCAUAUGUAACAAACUUGGGUACAUCGUUUUAAUACAACGCUCAGAUAUGCGAGCAAAGAGAAAAAAAUGUUCAACGAAUAAAAAACCUUCAUUACUCUACACAAUCUUCUCAAAGUUGAUUGUAAUUUGAUAACAUAAUGUCUUUUGAACAUUUCUAUGGACAAAGCAUUGUGGAUGCAUAGACACGAAUGAAUUUGAUCUCAUGAUCAAAAUAAUCCAUCUUCUUUCUUGAAGAAAACAACUACAUGUUCAAGUGUACUACGCGGUUGCUUACAAUCGCGAACUAACGAAUAAUAUAAAGCAAAUGUUAUUAAUCAAGAAAAUCUUUUAACGGAGGAGAGACACAGCAAUCACAAGAUAGGCUUACUUACUUGAAACUACUAGUCAAUGAAUCUACUGGUAUUGAGAUGCUCAUAGCUGUUGCUGGUUGAAGAAGAAAACUGAACGUAUCAGGAGAUAAAAGGUUUUGCAACGACAGAGUUCAUCCUGCAUUUAUCCAGGAUAUGGCAACAUGAAGUAAUUGUAUCUGCAAAAGAUCGAUCAGUACUAAUGUCGAAAGGGGAGAGAAGUUCGUGGAAGAAGAAAACGGAGUGGAUUGCGUUCAUCUAUAAAGUAUUGUUAAAAACACAAAGUGUUAUUUAUAGAUACCUGAUUUAGAGUUUAAAAAUACCGUUUUAAUUUUAAAUCAUUUUAGUAUUUUUUAAUUUUAAACAUGUAAAUCGGAUAUCUAAUUGCAUAUACUUUCUAAUCCACAUUCCCACCGGAUUUGUCACUUUAAGGCACAUUAAGGAUAUUGCGCGAUGAAACCACUUCAAACUUACAACUCGAAGUUUUGAUGCCAAAUAUCAAUUAUCAAAUAAUUCACCUCCCGACAAAUUAUAAUAUUAAGUUACGUAAAUGAUUUUAUUUUUAAAAAUCAUCUUGUAUUAUACCUGCAAGCAAGAAAAUUUAUGGUUUCUCAAAUGUAACAUUAACAUAAUUUUUUAUUUAAAUAAAUCACAAAUUCUUAAAAUA